CUCACAGCUGUAAUCCGCGGCGUUCGUUGUGCUGUUGUGCUUUGACGACAAUCUACCAGAUAUUAAGGUUAUGUGCGUUCCGUCCCGCAACAUUCUAACAGUGAAAUUGAAAUAAUGGUGUAUUAAAAGUUGAUUAUUCGAAUUAAAGAGAAAAAUUUUGAAAAUUACGACGAGCCUAACACGAGUUGUAAAUUGAAACAUGUACGAUCAACGACAAAUGGAGCAACCGCCGCCUGGACAUCAUCAAGAGGUGAACCAACAAAUGCCUUUACCACCGAACCAGCUACCUUCAAUGAUGAUAAUGCCGCCAGGAACGUCACAACCGUCGCCCCCGCCACCAAUAAUCGAUCCUCCGAGAACAUUGCCGAGUCUUUUGAACAUGCAAGUGAACAUACCCCCGGAAAUACCGAGUCAGAAUCCGCGAGAAGAAGAGGAACGCGAGACAGAAGCAGAAAUCGUCAAACUACCAGCUGCGUUGGAGCAAGCUUUGGCUUUUAAAAACGAGAGAGCAAAAGAAGUAGGUGCAGAUCCUAAUGACAUAUCCGUACCUGGGACGUCUCCGCCGGAAGAAACCUCCAGAGAAGAUCCACCCUUGGAUUUUGUACUGCCAAGUAUAAUGGCCAGUGAAGAAGAUAAAUCUGAUGGAAAAACAAGUAAGGGAAAGAAAAAGAAGAAAAAGAAAAGGAAGAAACAGGGAGAAACUGCGAAAGAGACUCCGAAAAAGAGUGACGAGGGAGAUACAAGCGUCGCAAAAGAAGACAUGCCAGAAGUGGAAUAUGUUCAAGACAUUCCAGGCAUCGGUGAUUUGGAACCAAUGUACAGACAAUUUGCAAGAGUGUUUGAAGCUUUCAAACUUGUUGAGCCUGAUUCCCGAGGUGUGGAUGGGGCAGACAAGGGUGAACUGAUUGGACAAUAUCCUCCAGCUGCAGUGCCUGCGGUAGUGCCCAACAAAAUAGCACCGAUGGAUGAUUUUGAUGACGACAUGGGUCAACCUGUUAAUCAGCAAGCGCCUGGCGAAAACGGUGCGCCACGUCUUUCUAAGCGUAAAUUGAAGAGACUCACGAGGCUGAGUGUUGCAGAGUUGAAGCAACUUGUUGGACGUCCUGAUGUUGUUGAGAUGCACGACGUGACAGCACGCGAUCCUAAACUUCUAGUGCAAUUGAAAGCUCACCGUAAUACUGUACCUGUCCCGCGACAUUGGUGCUUCAAACGCAAGUAUCUCCAGGGUAAACGUGGUAUUGAGAAACCGCCAUUCGAUCUCCCCGAUUUCAUUAAACGCACAGGCAUAACAGAGAUGAGAGCGAGUCUUCAAGAACGCGACGACACUCGUACGUUAAAAGCAAAGAUGCGGGAGAGAGCGCGUCCGAAGUUAGGCAAAAUCGACAUUGAUUAUCAAAAACUUCACGACGCCUUUUUCAAAUGGCAAACAAAACCACGUAUGACGAUCCACGGUGAUCUUUACUACGAGGGCAAGGAAUUCGAGACGAGGUUGAAAGAGAAGAAACCCGGUGAAUUGUCCGACGAAUUAAGGACCGCGCUUGGCAUGCCGGUCGGUCCUAAUUGCCAUAAAGUACCGCCUCCCUGGCUAAUCGCGAUGCAACGUUACGGGCCUCCACCAAGUUACCCUAAUCUUAAGAUACCCGGAUUGAACGCACCUAUUCCAGAGAGCUGCGCGUUUGGGUAUCACGCCGGUGGUUGGGGAAAACCGCCGGUCGACGAAACCGGAAGGCCUCUUUAUGGUGACGUGUUCGGGGUCGCUCGUCCACCAGGCGGUGACGCGAUGGAUGAGGAAGUCGAUCGUGGCAUGUGGGGCGAGCCAGAGUCUGAAUCUUCGGGUGAAGAAGACGAGGACGAAGACGGUGACGACGGCGGCGAGGGCGACGCCGAAGGUAGAGAGGACAACGACGCCAGCGGCCUCGUAACUCCUGGCGCCGAAGGUCUCAUUACACCUAGUGGAAUUACUUCCAUCCCAGCUGGCUUGGAGACACCCGAAACAAUUGAACUCCGAAAGAAGAAGAUCGAGAGCGAAAUGGAAGGCGGUGACACACCCGCUUUGUACACUGUUCUCCAGGAACGCCGUACCGAAGGUCUCGGCGCUAGCAUGAUGGGCUCGACUCACGUUUACGACAUGACCGGUGCUGCCGGUGGUCAAGCACCACCUUCCGUCAUCGCUGCACGACGAGGUAUAAGCGGCGCUGCUGCUGAAGCUCGCGCCGAAAAAGACGGUGCUGUCGAAUUGGCUCUUGAUCCUAGCGAAUUGGAUCUCGACUCCGAGGCUAUGGCCUCUCGCUACGAGGAAACGAUGCGAUCCCGCCAAGCACAUCUCAGACGUGAAGAUCUUUCUGACAUGCUUCAGGAUCACGUACAACGCCAAAAGAGCAAACGGAAACGGCAACAGAAUCAAGAUGCGAAGUCCUCGAAAAAAUACAAGGAGUUCAAGUUCUAAGGACUGUAUAUCGUUCGACACGAAUUUGCGUCUUGUCAAAUUUUUUCCAAUCAUUUGUACUCGAGGUUCACUUCUUUUUUUCUUCUUGUAUUGAGAAUGAAAGAUCUUGUCACGAAAUACAAUAUUAUAUGUACAUGGUAACAACUUGAAAAAUAACUUCGACGAA